AUGGCGGGCGUUUGGAUCAAGACAGACAGUCAUCCGACACUUCGCAGAAACAAGAUUUACGACGGACGCGAUGGUGGUGUGUGUAUAUUUAACAAUGGAAGAGGUCUUCUUGAAGACAAUGACAUCUAUCGCAAUGCACAAGCAGGAGUGUUGAUAUCCACCGAAUCUAACCCAACACUUCGUCGAAAUCGAAUUUUCGAGGGGAAAGCUGCUGGAGUAGAGAUCACAAAUGGUGCUUCUGCAACACUGGAAGCCAAUCAGCUUUUUCACAAUAAAUUCGGAGGUCUAUGUCUCGCUACGGAUGUAAAACCAGUGUUACGUGACAAUAAAAUCUACGACAAUCACAACGCGGUGGAGAGAGCUGUCGGACGAGGCCAGUGUCUUUUCAAGAUAAGCAGCUGUACGUCGUUCCCCAUGCACGAUUUUUACCGGUGUGUCAGCUGUAACACUACAGAUCGAAAUGCAAUCUGUAUUAACUGUAUCAAAAAUUGCCAUCGAGGUCAUACUGUCGAGUUCGUGCGUCAUGAUCGAUUCUUCUGUGAUUGUGGAGCUGGCACGUUGGAACAUCAGUGUCGUUUGCAAACGGAAGUACGCGACAAUGACACCGUCUACGAUUCGGCCACGCCCACGGGGUCGGACACGCCCAACAUGUUGUGA